AGGGGGAUUCCAUCAUUCUCCAUUACUCAUCUCUAUAAUUUAUCUUUCCCUUUCUUUCUACCUCCAUGAAUUCUACAAUUCAUCAGUAUGUUUGUCUGAUAGUUAAAUAAGAUACCAUGUGAAUAUGUUAUGGAUGUUAAAUCCAGUGCGUCGGGGUGAUUGGUGGUGGAGCGAUUCCGUCCGAAGUAAGGUGGAAGCUAAGAAGGUGGCGUAUUUGAGGUACAUGGGCUGCAAUGUUGAGGAGGAAAGAGCGGCGUUGCGAGUGGAGUACAAGAAAGCACGUAAAGAAGCUAAGUUAGAGGUAACGAGGGCAAAGAAUGCCGCUUUUGAACGCCUUUACAAGGAUAUUGAGGAGAAAGGCAGUGUUAAUCCACUGUGCCGGCUUGCUAAGGUGCGCGAGAGGAAGGCCCGAGAUCUAGACCACGUGAGAUGCAUGAAGGACAGCGAUGGUAGAGUGUUAGUUGAGACUGCCAAGGUGGCUAAGCGCUGGGGGGAGUACUUUAGUGAACUCUUAAAUGCGGGAGGAGACCAGAGGCUAGUUCUUGAUGAGUUGGGACAUCCUGGGGCAUCUCGUGUGUAUUGCCGGCGCAUUUGCUUGGAAGAGGUGGUUCAGGCUCUCCGCGUGAUGCGUAAUGGGAGAGCUGUGGGACCAGAUGAGAUUCCAGUGGAGUUUUGGAAGCAUGCGGGUCGUGAUGCGUGGGUUUGGUUAACCAAACUCUUCAAUGUUAUCCCCCGGACAGCAUGGAUGCCUGAUGAGUGGAGGGAGAGUCUCUUGGUCCCUCUGUUUAAAGGCAAAGGUGACAUUCAGAGCUGCGAGAAUUACAGAGGCAUCAAAUUGCUUAGCCACACCAUGAAGGUUUGGGAGCGAGUUAUCGAGUAUAGGGUGCGGAAAGAGGUUUGCAUCUCGGAGAACCAGUUUGGUUUCAUGCCUGGCAGAUCGACUACAAAGGCCAUUCAUCUCGUGAGGAGGUUAAUGGAAGAGUAUAGGGCUAGGAAGAAGGACCUUCAUAUGGUGUUUAUUGACCUUGAGAAGGCGUAUGAUAGGGUGCCAAGGGAGGUCUUAUGGAGGUGCCUUGAGGCGAGAGGAGUGCCCAUCGUGUACACUCGCGCGAUCAAGGAUAUGUACGAUGGGGCUAUGACCAAGGUAAGGACUUCCGGGGGCGUCUCAGAUUCCUUCUCGGUAGGGAUGGGGUUGCACCAAGGGUCUGCUCUUAGCCCUUUUUUGUUCGCCUUGGUGAUGGACGUCCUAACUCAAGGUGUUCAAGACGGGGUCCCAUGGUGCAUGCUUUUCGCGGAUGAUAUUGUGCUUAUCGACGACACGCUAAUUCAGGCGGAAGGGGAGUUAGAUGCGGAUGUUGGACAUCGGGUUGGAGUGGCUUGGGCCAAAUGGCGGUUAGCUUCAGGGGUGUUGUGUGAUCCGAAGAUUUCGCCUAGAAUGAAAGGUAAGUUCUAUCGAUCCGUAGUCAGACCUGCUAUGUUAUAUGGGGCAGAGUGUUGGGCGGUUAAGAAGACUCAUGUGCGUCGUCUGCAUGCGGCGGAGAUGCGGAUGUUACGAUGGAUGUGCGGGAAGACAAGGUUGGAUAGGAUUUCGAAUGAGGUUAUCCGACGUCAAGUAGGUAUGGCACCGGUGGAAGACAAGUUGCGGGAAGCGAGGUUGAGGUGGCUUGGCCAUGUGAGACGGCGGGAUGCUGACGCCCCUGUACGGAGAUGCGAGAGGAUUACAGUUAUUGGGGGAAGUAGGGGAAGGGGUAGACCUAAGAAGAAUUGGGAGGAGGUGAUAAGACAGGAUUUAGGACUUCUCGACCUGACUGAGGAUAUGGCCCUAGAUAGGAACCUUUGGAGAACUAGGAUUAGAGUAGCUGGAUAGGAGCUCGGUGUUGUAGAAGUUGUUUUGUAGUGUGUUGUAUUUGUUGGGAAUCUUUUGCUAUUGUUUGUACUUGUUGCUUGUACUUGGUGCCUUAUCUGUGCUAUACUGUGUUCU